AUGAUCAAUCAAGCCACUGCUGCUCAUCAGGCCCUCGAGAAUGCACUCAAAUUCUUGUCGAGCGUAUGGACUUGUGCGACUAUCAAUAUUUUCAUCCUCGGCUGCAAUGCCCACCAGCUAUCCCGCUAUGUCGCCAACUUUCGCUACGACGACUGGCGGCCGCGAGCGUUGGUCAUCGGCGUAUCGCUACUGACGGUGACCGAUACACUGCUUAUAUGUCAUUUGCUCGAUCACUGGCUCAUCACCGGGUCGGGCAACCCGGACGCGCUCGACGUCUACACGUGGGCAUGGCCCGUCCACAACGUCGUCCUCACCAUGACGGCAGCUAUCGUCCAGCUGUUCUAUGCUUUCCGCAUCUUCGUCCUCGGCAGACGCUCCUGGACCCUGCCUGCUAUCAUCAGCGUCGGUGCAGUCGCUAUCGUCCUCUUCUCCAUGAAGAGGGUGCUCAGAUUGUUCCGUGUUCAACGCUUCUCGCAUGAUCACGUGCCAUUGUACAUCAUUGGCUUGUACAUGCUCUUCCCUGCCGUCGUCGACUUUCUCACCUUCCUGGGGAUGAUCUACUACAUGCGGAAGCUCAUGUCAGAAUUCGGCACAGCUGGAUUCAGUCUCUUUGUGCGCGUCGUACGACUAUCUAUGGAGACAAAUCUCGUGACUUCGCUAGCCGCAUUUUUGCUCAGCGCCCUCCUCAUCUGCGCGCCAUCCUAUGUCUCUGGUCCGAUCAGCUGGAUCCUUGGAAAUAUCUAUGCGUCCACGAUCUUCUACAAUCUCAACGCCCGCCUGGCAACAUCCGGUACGCUUCAAGAAGAAGAAGACGAUAUCGAGUUGGAUGAGAGCCAGAGCGACCCAAAUUCGGAAGCGCAUUUGCUCGGCCGCAAGCACACGCGACUGGACUCUAGCAGCACUAUGCUGCACAGCAUCGAGCAGCCUCCAAUUAAUUGUGCGCUCGAUCGACAAGAGGCAAGGAUGCGAUGGAUCAAUCUGAGUCUGCUGUGCUUUGUACUGACGGCACGAGCACACAAGGAGACGAUUGAAGAGGCUGCACUGCAUGCUCGUCGAUUGGUCGACGUGCGGAGUGAUGGGAUAGGUACACUCAUGUCACAAUUCGGCGAUGAUGCGAGCGAGCGCAUGCACGGCAAGAUCACGGGCCUGCAAGAGUACUUUGCCCCGGACUCCGCCCAUCCGGGCGAUCUCGUCAUGCUCCUCAUGCCCAUCUCGCCCAAUGUCCACAACAUCCUACACGAGCCAAGCGGCAAGAACAGCGCAUCCGUGUCUCUCUUUGACAAUGUAGGAGAGCGCAAGGCCAACGGCUCCCUUUGGGCCAACAAUCGCAACCGAGCCGUCCUCUACGGACACUUUCGGCUCCUCAAUGAGACCUCGCCAGCAGCUGCACAGGCUGCUGAAGACUAUGGACGAGUUCACCCGGAUAGCAAGUUCUACUUCCCGCCACACAACAUUCACUAUAGCAUCUGGACGCGCUUCGUCGUAGAAGACGUCUACUGGUUCGGAGGGUUUGGCGACACACAUCACAUUGGUUUCAUACCGAUCGAGCUCUACCGCUCUGCCGCAGAGGCACGCCCUCGAAACUCCGGCUAUGUUGACGGAGCCAGCCUGUCGUCGUUCUGGGCCGGCACUGUCGUCCAGCUUGUGCUUACCGGCGCAGUCCUACAGCAGACAGCGCGGUACUAUCACAGCUUUCCAGAAGAUGUAGUCUCCCUCAAGCUCAUGGUCUGCUCUCAGUUCUUGCCACCCGCUAGCUUGAGCGGACAAGCGAACCAGGUCGGCUUCGUCGUGACCAGCCUUGUCGCGGACGAUCUUGCGACUCUGUAUCGCUUACAGUCCUGGCUCGUCUCAGAGACUAGCGUCGAAGGACUGGAUUACUUUGGAUUCACCUACGCCAUCCACCCGGCGCUCGUGGUCGCCGUAGAGACUCCGAUCCAGUUGACAUAUGUCUAUCGUGUCUACGUCCUCUCACAGCGAUCGGCCUGGCUGCCGAUCAUCAUCAGUGCAUGUGCCGUCGUCAGCAUCAUCAUCUCUGUCCAUACGAGCAUCCGACUGUGCUCGAUUCUUUACUUUUCGAAAGAUGACCUGUCGCCAGUCGAAAAAUGGCUCUGUCUGUCUGUGCCUGCUCUGAUCGACUUGUUGACGCUCACGGGCAUGCUGUUCUAUCUCCGCAAGAUACUCUCCCAUCUGGGCUUCGCGACGUAUCAAACCUUGUUCGGUCGAUUGUCCCAGCUCGCAGUCCGCAGCAACCUUGUCACCUGCAUCUUCGCCACCAUCACAGCCAUGCUCCUCGUCACCGAGCCAACGCGAGUCUGCUCUCCUUGGCUGCUCUUCAUUGGCUCAGUUUACGCCUUGACGCUCCUGCAGAAUCUCAAUAGCCGUCUCUCGCUCGAGAUUGACAACGACAGCGUUUCGUCAGCGGAGUUUCCACGCGUAUCGCCUGCUUCUUUUUGCUUCCUGUCCGGUGUCAAUGCGCACAUGCUCGCGCAAUUCUGUGCAAGAUCUCAUCAAGACUCCUUCGCGCUAAAGAGCUUGGUCGCAUUUGUCACCCUGAUCGUUGCUGCGGACGACGUCGCAUUGCUCUCCCUGGCAGAUCGAUGGCUGAUCAGAGCAAACGGCGUUCUGCCAGAGCUCGAUCGCUUCGGAUUCGAAUACAGUCUCCAUCCGGCCUUGGUCGGGGCCAUCAGCACACCCGUCCAGCUUGCGUACGGACAUCGUCUCUGGAUUCUCUCCCAGCGCGCAUGGGCGCUACCUAUGCUCGUCGUACUUGCUGCUGGUGUCAGCGGCGCUGCUGCUCUGCAAGCCAGCAUUCGACUGCUCCACAUGCAGAGGUUCAGCGCCGGUCCGGACACCAUGGCAGAGAGGACGCUUUGUCUGUUCCUCCAGGCGGGUACAGAUCUGCUGACAUUCUUCGGAAUGGUCUUUUAUCUGCAUCGUAUCACGCAACUCCAUUCUACGAAAGUUGGUUCUGGGCUGUUCUUGCGACUCUUACGCUUCAGCCUCGAAAGCAAUCUUCUCACUUGCAUCUGCGCCAUCGUCACGGUCGUAUUGCUUAUGGCUGCCCCUAUCAAUGUCAGCUAUCCUUGGAUAUUGUUCAUAGGCCAAAUCUACUGCGCCACAUUGCUGCACAAUCUCAAUAGCCGGAUCGUCGUGACAGAUGAGUCCGAAUCUCUCAUACGCAUCAAGACGAAGUCAUGGGAUCAGGGGGCUAGAAACGACGUCCGUCUUCGCGCAGUAUCGCAUGACAGAUCAGUCGGGAACGCGAUGACCACAAGCGAAUCAUCUCUCGUUUUGAUGUAA